AUGCAUACCUUACCAAUACUGGAGAUAGAUGAUGGCACCUUGGACAAUGUGGAGGCAAGGGAGAAGCAGGCAGUUGGGGGGAAAGGAGAGCUGCGGCCCAUGGAAACCUCCUAUGAGCCGGAACAUCUGCCAUCUCCUAAGAUUGGGCUUAAGAUUCCUCCUCUGAGGUAAGGAGUUUCCUUCAGGAGUCAACCCAUCUAUUACAGGGGUGGGGAUCAUCUGUGGCCCUCUGGAAGUCGGCGGACAACAACUUCCAUCAUGGGCAUGUAGGCUGCUAUCCAUAUUUGUUGAUAAAGUGGUACCUCGGGUUAAGUACUUAAUUCGUUCCGGAGGUCCAUUCUUAACCUCAAACUGUUCUUAACCUGAAGCACCCCUUUUUUCUAAUGGGGCCUCCUGCUGCCGCCACGCUGCCAAAGCAUGAUUUCUGUUCUCAUCCUGAAGUAAAGUUCUUAACCUGAGGUACUAUUUCUGGGUUAGCGGAGUCUGUAACCUGAAGCAUAUGUAACCCGAGGUACCACUGUACUCCCAAAGAGUUCUGAAAGGUAAAUCCCGCAGAGCCAUCUGGAAACGCACUGGAUCAAUCAGUCUCCAAGGGUGGGCCAUACUAAUAGAUCUCCCACCUCUGCAGAGGGGGAAAGGUGCUGAAAGCCUAAAUCUCCAGCCCUUCCUGGAGAAGCUUCCAUGGAUUGAACUUGGGACCUUCUGCUUGCAAGGAUCUCUACCACUGAGGUAUAGUCCUUCCUAGACUAGCUGGUUGGCAUCCAUCUGUCUCAGGAGACAAUGGAAAAGUAUGCCUUUGAGGGUGAGGUCAAACCUACAAGGGAUUCUCAUAUGGCAGGCUUAAUGUUGCCAGCCAGUCACAUCUACAAUAUAAAAUGCUAUGAUACCAACUUAACACCCAUCGAUUCCCUGAAUAAAAAAAUCCCAGGAACUAUAGUUUGCCAAAGGUUCUGAGAGUUAGGAGACCUCUAAUAGUGCUACAAUUCCCAGAGAGCUUUAGCAGUCAGUUCCUCUCGUCCAUGAGAACUCUGGAAAUUGUAACUCUGUGAGGCGAACUGGAAUCUCCUACUAACUCUACACACCCUUAACAAACAGUUUCCAGGAUUCUUUGGGAGAAGCCAUGACUGUUUAAACUGGUAUGAUGCUGCUUCAAAUGCAUGCUGCGGAUUUGUUCGUUCUGCUUUUCUUCCACAGUAAAGAGAAGACUUUUAACAAGGAUCGCCUCUUUGGUGCUAUUGUAAGGGGGAACCCUGAGGAGCUGGAAGGACUGGGGGACUAUUUGCGAAGAAGUGGCAAAUAUCUUACCAACUCUGAGUACACAGGUGGGAAUGAGCCUGAGAGCUGGGGCUAUUAGUAGUAGUAGUAGUAGUAGUAGUAGUAGUACUUCUCAUUGAUGUGAGAAUAGGCAGGAAUUUCAGGCUUCACAGAAGUAUUUGCAAGAUAGAGGAGGGCCAUCAGAGCGCAAGAGGACUGACAGUCGAGUUCGGAAGAGAAAAGAGUGAAAAAGUGAUUUACUAAUGGCAUUAUUUCUGAGGGUAAGUUGUGUGGUUUUUCACUAACUAGCUGCUUCACACCUGGCAUUGUUUGGAAAUUCUAAGGAAUUAAAAGAACUUGUGGUUGAAAACAGGGCAGUUUUUGAAAGGCUCAGUCUGCCAUAUUGAUUCAGUUGAGCAGGCAAAAACCUGUUUCCAGAUCUCCCAAAUCAUCAUGCAAUAUAUGAUUACAAUACCUUAAGAGGUGUCCAAAUACACAGUUCAGUUUUGAAAGGUUCAAUCCAUCAUCUUGAUUCAAAACAGAUCCCAGUUGUAUCCAGACUUAGACAAAAACCUGCUGCUUGGUCUCAGGGGCCAACAUGCAAAAGUUGGUUAAAAUCAGCACAGUUUUGAAAUGCAUAUUCUACCAUAUUGAUUCAAAAUCGUCACCUGAUUUUGGACCUUACAUAUUUUGUGGCCAUUUAUUUUGUAACUGCAAGUUUCCCUGUUUUACAACUGUUGCUUCAGACAUACAAUUUUUUUAAAAAACUUAACAUCCCAAUUAAUGUGAAAUUUGUUGAAAAAUAUUUGGUACUUACAAAUUAGUGUUGUUCAUGGGAAUGAAUGUACAUCAUCUGACUGCAGGAUGUGUUGGGUUCAAUCAUUAUGUGACCCAUCUACACAGAUUUCAUGACCCAGUUGAACAGGCUGAGAAACGCUGUAGUAUAGGAUGUCGUAAGGACCCACAGCACAGCGGUAAAUUUACCUAUUUUGUGUGCAGAAGACCCUAGGUUACCGUAAAUUCCUGUGAAUUUCCAGUGAAAAGGAUCUGAGAGCAGGUGAGGAGCAAGGCUAGGAAUUGCAGAUAAGUUCAGUGAACCAACUUAAUUCACAAAUCCAAAUUUGCUCUUCCCUGAAUGUUUGAAAUGCGGGUGGGGUGGCUUAUUUGGCCUCCUGGCAUGAGACUUUCUUGAUCUUUAUGCACAUAUCUUGUGAUUAAAAUCUUUAGUCUCUCUGCGAAGGCAGCAGAUAAAUAUUUUCAUCUUGAUUAGCUAGUGCUAUUGGUCCAAAUAAUCUUAGAGCUGCUGGGUCUUUGUUAGGUUUCAAAAUAGCUGCAACUCAAUAUUGUUUUCAAGACUGAGAGUUCCUCUUUCCCUCUAGACAACUUUUGAAAACAAUCCUUAAUUUGGAGAUGAGUUCUUUUGUGAAGGCUUUCUAAAAUUCACCUGGUAGUCCAUCUAAAGCUUUACAGCAAGACUCCCUGCGGAGUUUCUUUCCUUGGAUAUUCUUAAAGCGUUCUGUAGACUUGAAUGGCCCUUUACGCUGUCCUUGUUAGAAAAAAGAGAUGCACUUCUCCAAACAAAGGAUGGAACUCCCUUCUCUUCCAGAUGGAGAAACGGGCAAGACCUGCUUGAUGAAGGCCUUGCUGAAUUUAAAAGAUGGGGCAAACCCCACCAUCCCUUUGCUGCUGAAGAUAGACAAGGAGACCAAGAACCCAAGGCCUCUGAUCAACGUAGCUUGUAAGGAUAGCUUCUAUAAAGGUAAGGACCUUGGGGUGGGGAGACAGCAUUAAAAAAAGAACUCCUCCACUCAGGGGUAGGAGAACAUGCUUGUUUUCUACGUUUGACUUCUUUAAUGAUUUUCUUUCAUGCCAUUUUUGUUCUGCUAGGCCACACAGCACUCCACAUUGCCAUUGAGGAGAGGAAUCUAGAUCUGAUCAAGCUCCUGGUGGAGAACAGCGCUGACGUCCAUGCCAAGGCCUGUGGAAAGUUCUUCCACCAGCAGGAGAAAGGGGCCUGCUUCUACUUUGGUAGGUUGAUACCUUGUGCCUAAAGUCCACUGUCACAGAUUCUUGGAGUGGGUGCUCAGUUUUUGUAACUUGUGCCAAAAGCAGCCAUUCCUCUCCCAGCUUUGCUUCCGUUUAUCUCCUUCCUCCUCCAGGUGAGCUUCCCCUCUCCUUAGCUGCUUGCACCAACCAGCCAGAAGUGAUCAGGUAUCUCUUGGAUAACCCUCAUCAGAAGGCCAACCUGGCAGAGCGGGAUUCCCUUGGCAACACAGUCCUCCAUGCCUUGGUGAUGGCGGCCGAUGAUGCGGAUGAGAAGAACAGGGAGCUGGUGAUCGGGAUGUACAACAAGAUCCUGAUGCACAGUGCUACGCUCAACCUGAGCCAGAAACUGGAGGAAUUAAUCAACACGGAAGGCUUGAAUCCUUUGACCCUGGCCGUCAAGACUGGAAAGAUAGAGGUAAGUCAGUUGGGAGCUUAUCAUAAAUUGUAUUUCUGAGCUUAGGAACCUGUGACCUUCCAAGAUGUUGUUGGAUUCCAGCUCCCAUCAUUCUCCUGGCUGCUCUCACUGCUCAUUCUCAUUGGCUACUUGGAGAUGGAAGUCCAACAAUAUCUGGAAGGCGGCAUCUUCAUGUCAUGCUAGCAGAGAUUCAGGCCACACAAGAUCGGUCAGUGUUGUCAACUUCAGGUAGGAGGCUGAGAUUGAGAGGACAACUUGCAGAAGACAACUUAAGAAGAUUUGUACCAGGGGAUACAUGAUUUCACAUAUCAUGUCCUAGGGAUGGCGAGAUUCAGGCCCGAGAGCCAGUUACCCUCCAGGCUUCUCUAUCCAGCCUUUGGGACUAUUUUUAGACUUCACACCCUCCAAGCUACAGCCGUUUGUGGCACAGGUGUAGUGGUUCAGGGUCAUGGGGGAUUGAAGUCCUGUUACUAUUUCUGCAGCAGGGUCUCUUUCUCCAGUGUCCAAAAGGGGAGCUUUUUAGCCACUGAGAAGAAAUCUUCCCACCCUUUGUGCUGAUUGGAGCCGAUCAGAGUGGAAGGAGGUAAGUCAGCCACACAGGAUGGGCUCCUAAGGUCACUCUGGAGAAGACAUGCCAGCAGAACACUGAGGAGUUGUUGGUCUGUACAUUCCAGAGCUAAGCAUUUAGAAACACCAAAAACGCUGAAAAGGCCAGUUCUCAUCUUGCCACCCUGCAGACCUCUUGUAGAAGGAGCACAGAAAGAAGGGCCUCAUAUGAUGUUUAAGUAGAAAUAAGCAUAAAUGUUGGAAGAGAAAACCCAAAGAAAAUCCCACGCCCUAUUUUGUCUUUCCUAGAUCUUCAAAAACAUUAUUCACCGCGAAAUCAAAGACCCGCAGUACCGUCACCUUUCGCGGAAGUUCACUGAAUGGACCUACGGGCCUGUCCACAUCUCUCUCUACGACCUGACCUCCAUUGACAGCUAUGAGGAGAACUCUGUGUUGGGCAUUCUUGCCUACAGCAGCGAUACUCCGGUGAGAUGAUCAAUGAAGGCGACUUGUCUGCUUUAAAAUAAUCCCUAAGGGAGAUCCUUCAGUUCUCUCUGCAGCUAGGCUUCUCUCUUCAGGAGAUUUUCUUGGUGCCAUCUUUGUUUUAUUUCCAGUACUGAGCAACACCCCCUUAAAAGAAGUUUGCACAGGUGAUUAGAUACUUGUUUUCUUCUUUGAAGAAGUCUCCAUGAGAAUAUAUUUAUUGUGGUCUUCCCAAAGGCACUGGUUCGCCACUGUGUGACACUAGAUGGGCCAUUGGCCUAAUCCAGAAGGGCUACUAUUGUCUUGGAGAGUCUAGAUUUGGUGCCUUUGUGGAUACUUAUUUUGGGAAAACAAAAUAGGUGACCUUGAUCGAUAAAAAGCUGUAAUAUAAAAUCUUGGAUUGCUGUACUUUAUCUCUGUUUUUAUGACAUUUGUUUUGGCAUUUUAAUACUGAUUUGUUCUAUUGUACAUGUCUUAGAAAAUUUGAAACAAUUGAGCAGUUUAAUAUCCUGAAACAAAUAUAUACACACCAGUAAAGGCCAUAGGCUGAAUAAGCUGUGGUUUCGUGCAACUUGGAGCAGGGCAGGGGUACCCUGUUUCUCUCUGUUUUGAUGGCACUGUUAUGACAUUCUUAUGCUGAUUUGCACUGUUGUACAUGGCUUAGAACAUUUUAGAUGAAUAAGCAGUUGAAUACCUUUAAGUAAAGAAACACACACCAGUAUAGGCCUCUUCGUUGUGCAAAACCACAGUUUAUUCAGCCAACCAGUUUGCAGGCUGAAGAAGCUGUGGUUUCGUGCAACUUGGAGCAGGGCUAGGGUACCCUGUGGCCCUCCAGAUGUUUUGGGGCUCCAACUGCCAGCAGCCUCAGCAUGGCUAAUAACUAGGGAUGGUGGGGGCUGAAUCAAUGAAUUAUUUUCUUUCUUUCUUUCUCCGACAUACAGAAGCGGUACGAGAUGGUGGUCCUGGAACCUAUAAACAAGCUUCUUCAAAGCAAAUGGGACUCCUUUGCUGCCACGAGAUUUUACAUCAGUUUUUUCUCCUAUGUGCUGUUCAUGUCCGUGUUCUCAGCUGUUGCUUAUCACCGGCCUCUGGAGGGGAAGGUAACAGCAGCUUUGGGGCUUGGGGGAUACAGAGAGGGAGGCAGAGAGAGGAGGAGGGUGGCUCUCUAGGGCAGAAGGGUGGAAGCUCCCUGUUUGUUCUACAAGGCCCUUUUGGGCCAAGCCGCACCCACCUGCCCAUACAUGAUGUAGGGCAAGGGUGGCAGAGAGAUUCAAUUCAGUUUGCGCUGAAAGGCAAACCUACUUAAUUUCUACUUUCUGAACUGAAAUGCAGUCAUUCUUUGAAAUCCACACUUCUCCGAAUCUUUCACUGCAGUUCUGCAGCCAAGCAACAUGUACAAAAGAUGCAUGUGUGCAUAGAUAUGGAUAUAUUGGGGGAAGAUAGCAUACAAAAGUACAUUAUGUUAGGGAAAUCCACACCGUGAUCAUCUCCCGCCCAGAAACCUAUGUCCCCACUGUGGAAGGAUAUGUAGAUCCAGAAUUGGCCUCCACAGUCACUUACGGACUCAUUGUUAAAACCGUGUUUAUGGAAGACAAUCUUACUCGGCUACGACUGAUCGCCAAAGAAAGAAGAAGAUGUUAGGGACGGUUGGUGUGCCAAAUUUGCAUUUAAAGGCAAACCUACCUAAUUUCCACUUUUUGGAACAAUCCAUAGACUGAAACAUGACCAUCCUUUCACAUUCACUGAAUUUUGCAAUGCAAUUCUCCAUCCAAACAGCAUGUACAAAAAAGAGAAUGAAAUGCAUGUACUUAGAGCAAUGUGUGCAUAGUUUUUUUGUGAAAAUGUUUUAAAAAUGAGUAUCCAUUUUCAUGGUUUUUCUUUUAUUUUAUUGCAAACUGCUGCAGAGAACCAAAAUGAAGAUUGGAGAAAAGGAGAGAAGCCAGUACUGACAGAUCCAUACAUCCAUAGUUGUUAGGGAGUUUAAUUUGUGCCUAGGUCAAAAAGAGGGUACCAUCAAUUAGUUGAUUGGCACCGACUACACCCUCUUCAGACUUCUGUGCAGCUUUUUGCAAACCCUGACAAACAGUUGAUUGUCUCUGCUUUUAUCUUAAUGAAUUACUUAAGUCUCUCUCCCCAGCCUAUCUUUUUUCCUUUAAUCUUCCCAGCCUCCUUUUCCAGUGACACUCACUGCUGGAGACGUAUUGAGGCUCAUUGGCCAGAUCAUUGUCUUAACUGGAGGCGUGUAUCUCCUCAUUGAUCAGGUAUGACAUACUCUUAUAGCUCUUCCUGCUGCUGUUUCAGAAAGCCAGAAGAAAAUAGGACUGGCUGCAGAAUUAUAGAGCAUCAAAUCUUUCCUUUUAAAAGAAUUAACAAAGUACCUAGUCCUUAAGGUUCCACACACUACCCUGGUUUGCACAUAACCAUGAUUUGUUUAUCCUAACUAUGGUUAGUUUGGACGUACAAGCCUACAACAUCAGACUCACUGUGUUUUUUUCUGUCAACCUACCAUGAUGUGAAGCCUUGAAAAAAAUAGGUGAUAUCCUAACUAAUCCAAGAGAUAUCCUAACCCAAGGAUACGAUAAAGUAAAAAUGAAUAUUUCACAGAGAAUUAGAGGCACGGGGGAAGAACCCUGAGUUGUUCUGCAUGCAGCAUUCAGGAACACUGACAUCACAAGCUGCUAAAGUUUCAAGAGACCAUUGUGCAUGUUCUGUCAUGCACAACUUCAAGGGAAACACAAAUUAAACCACUGAGAGAGAAGAUCUGGAGCACUCCAGAUGAUUUGCCUGUGUAUAUACCUGACUGGAAGGCAACACAUGGGUGUCUGCAAUGAUCGUUGCAAUGCAUCGCUAAUUAAUAUUGUAUAAUUUUAGAAGGUUGUGCAGACUUAGUUUGGACUUAUCAUGAAGGGAUCUUGCGCUUCUGAAUUUGCCACUGCACUAUUUCUGCUGUGCUGACAAGAGUGUUCCUGUCCAUUUGCUUAUUAGGCUUUUUACCUGUGGAGAAGACGCCGGUCACUGACAACUCUGCUUCAGGAUGGCUACAUCGAGAUUUUUCUGUAUGUUGGGGGGGCAGCGGUAGGGAAGAGGGUUUUUUUUUUAAAAAAAAUAGUUGUUUUAAAACUGUUUUUACUGAUAGUUUUAUUGUUUCAUGCUUUUUGUAAAGAGCUUUGAGCCCGGCUUCCGCUGGGGAGGGCGAGAUAUAAAUAAAAAAAUAUAAAUUAUUAUUAUUAUUAUUAUUAUUAUUAUUAUUAUUAUUAUCAUACAUUCAAGCAGCACAAAACUUUUAUGAAAUAAUAUUUUUUUGUGGAAUUACUGGAGCCAAGGUCUCUCAUUGGGACACUUAUACAGUACAGUGGUACCUCAGGUUACAGAUGCUUCAGGUUACAUACGCUUCAGGUUACAGACUCCGCUAACCCAGAAAUAGUGCUUUCAGGUUAAGAACUUUGCUUCAGGAUGAGAACAGAAAUCGUGCUCUGGCGGCGCAGCGGGAGGCCCCAUUAGCUAAAGUGGUGCUUCAGGUUAAGAACAGUUUCAGGUUAAGAACAAAUUAAGUACUUAACCCAAGGUACCACUGUAGUUAUGGUUUGUUCCUGCUUCACCGCUCAUGGUUUAUCCCCUAGAACAAAUCAGAAGCCCCGCUUUGAAUGUAAUGCGAUAGCCAAACCAUGGCUCUGGGUACUGUGGCGGUAGCAGGACCAAGGGAGGAGUGAAGAGGCUGCCUUUUCUUCACUGAAUACCCACCCUGUAGCUCAUUCAUGCUUAGCUGUGGCAUGUGGCUUAGCUUUUGUGUGCUAGGCAGGCCAAGCAGACUCCUCUAUGCCUGAAAGGCACCUUCGCUGAGCGGAACCAUCUCUCCCCCCCCCCCAUUUUCUCACAGGCUGUUGCAGUCAGUGACCCUGCUGGUUUCGGCAGUGAUGUACCUUGCAGGCCUGGAAGAUUACCUGUCUUGGAUGGUCUUCUCCCUCCUGCUCGGCUGGACAAACCUGCUGUAUUACAUGCGAGGCUUUCAGCAGACCGGGAUCUACGUUGUCAUGAUACACAAGGUUGGUAUAACUGCAUAUUCUAAAGGUCUAACAGCCUGUAUUCCCAUGCUUUGCUGCAUGUUCUGUGAUCUUAAAUCUCUGCUGGCGCCCUCUCACCAAAGAGUACUCCAAGUCCUGGAUCUAGGCAUUCAGGGAAUUGCCUCUUUAUUUUCCCUUUUAGCCAAAUACCAAAAUAUUAAAACCUGCACACUGUAUAUAACAGACCUGGCACACCUUUCUCUUGGAACUUAAGCACCUGGUGUUUUCAGUGUUCUUAAAUGCUCAGCAUACAGAACUUCCUCAGUGUUCUUCCUGAGUACCUUCUUCAGAGUGACCCUAGGUGCCCAUCCUCCGUGGCUGACUCACUUCUGCUUACGCCGAUUGGCUCCAAAAAGGGUGUGAGGAUUCCCUUUUCUGCUGAUUGGGUGACUCCAGGAUGCUGGAAGGAGAGACCCUGCUGCAGAAAUAGUAAAAAGUCAUUGACGCCCUGCGAUCCUGGGCCAUAACGCCUCUGCAGUUUAACCUGCCUCAUAGGCUUGCUGUGUGAGGUUAAGCCUGUUGGUUAUAUGAAGCUGAUUAAUCCCACACUUCAAGUUAAACACAAAUUAAUUCACUGAGAAGGAAGAUAUUGGAGCACUCCAACAAUUUGCCCAUGUGAUUUGCGCAGAAAAGUCUAUUUAACUGAACGGCAACACAUGGAGAUCAGUACUGCUUAUUGCAACACAUCCCUAAUUAUUGUUAUAUAUUUCUAAUAUUAUUGUACAAACUUAAAGUUGUAUAAUAUUAGAAGGGUGUGUGGCUGUGAGGGCACAUGUCUGUGGAUACCAUGAAGGGACUCUGCAUUUCUGAAUUUGCAACUGCACUACUGUUAAACUGCAAGACAAUGUGAUUGGCUUGUGGUCAACCACUUGAAAGUCACCCUUGGGCAAAAAUCUGAACCCGAGUCUCUGCCCAGUCCUCCAUCAUGCUGGGGUUCCCCAGUUCACUUCUAUCCUGCUCUGCAUUCCAGGCUAUCCUGCGGAACCUCAUGCAUUUCCUCAUGGUCUAUGUGAUCUUCCUCUUCAGCUUUUCAACAGGUGAGUCUCUACCUGUCCUAACAGGGAAGGGCCAGAACUGGCAGCAGAAACCAGAAUCCUACCCACUUCCUCCUUUAGCAGCACCGUUGACUGUUUUUUUUGCAUCCAAUAUAUGAAGACAAGGGAAAAUGACACAUAGUAAUAAUCAUGCCUAGUAAUCAUGCCGCCUGAUCUCAGUUGCAGAGCUGGCCCUGCUAUUAGGCAGAGUAAGGGGAUUCAUUGAUAUUCGUGCAUUCCCCUCUCCCCUGCAAAGGCCAGGGUUAAGAGGUGUGUCUUCAGCAUAUCGCAGAAACUAUAUACAGUGGUACCUCGGGUUACAGACACUUCAGGUUACAGACACUUCAGGUUACAGACUCCGCUAACCCAGAAAUAGUACCUCGAGAUAAGAACUUUACUUCAGGAUGAGAACAGAAAUCGCACAGCGGCAGCGGGACGCCCCAUUAGCUGAAGUGGUGCUUCAGGUUAAGAACAGUUUCAGGUUAAGAAUGGACCUCCAGAACGAAUGAAGUUCUUAACCCGAGAUACCACUGUAAUGGAAGUGCCCGAUGCACAUCUAUGGGGAGAGACUUCCACAACUCAGGAGCUACCACAGAGAAAGUCCUUUCUUGGGUCACCGACCCCCAAACUUCAGAGGGUCACAGAACUUCCAAGGAGCCCCCUCUGCUGAUUUUAAUGCACAGGAGGGUCUGUAGGGAAGUAGGUGGGUCCCCCCCCCAAAAAAAACCCCUGUGUCAUUUAUCACUUGAAACACUCGUGUGAGCGCCUCAAAUUGGACCUGGAAACGAACUGGCAACCCAAGAUGAGUUGUGGAUGGCACAGCCCAUGACUAGUAGGUCCUGAGUUGUGACAUCUUUUGGGACAGGAUUCUCAUGCAAAUAGAGAGGUUUACAAGGAGAUUCUUCAAGGACCCCCUGAUUUAAAUAUUCUCAUUUCCCAUUUCAGCCCUUGUCAUACUUACUGGGGAGGCUCCCCAGCCAGUCCAGAAUGGGUCUUCCCUCAUCAACAGUGAUGGCAAAGACCAAGUCAAGUAUGUUGGGCUGCUACAGACGUCCCUGGAGCUGUUCAAGUUCACCAUUGGGAUGGGGGAGUUGGAGUUCCAACAGAACAUGAGGUUCAGGUACUUUGUGAUGUUCCUCCUGCUCUUCUAUGUCAUCAUGACUUACAUCCUCCUUCUGAACAUGCUGAUUGCCCUGAUGAGCGAGACGGUCACCGAGGUCUCUGAAGAUGGUCAAAAGAUCUGGAAGCUGCAGGCAAGUCCAAAACCACUUCUGGGUGGGGUUUAAUUUGAGCCAAGGCCAUUACAUCAAGGCCCCCUCCAAACUGGCUGUUUCUGUGUGCAUUCUUCAGCAUGUCUCUGUCAUUGACUGUUGGCUUUGUCUUUGGUGUUGACAAGCAUAAUGGGCCUUGCUCAUUGCUUUGGGGAAAUGAAGCUAUUGGGCGCAGCAUACAACAACUGAAAAUAAAUAAGUACACUGGCUCCUCACUCUCCAACACUGUGACAGCUGCCUGUUAGCUCAGCCCUGACAAAGGAUUCACCCAUAAGGAGAACCCUGAUGGAACAGGGCCAGAUUAACCAGUACACUAAAGGCCCCUCCAGACUGGCUGUUUCUGAGUGUUCUGCAAAAUGUCUCUUUGUCAUAGACUCUUGGCUUUAUUCAUUGGUGUUGACAAGCUUAGUUGCCAUUGUUCACUGGCCAGGGAACAUAAAGCUAUACGUUUGUGGCAUACAGAUCCUGUAAAUAAAUAAGUACACAAAUUCCUGCCUCCUCACUCCCCAACUCUUGAUCCCACCCUGAUAGCUGCCUAUUUGCUUAACCCUGACAAAGGAUUCACACAUAGGGAGAACCCUGAUGGAACAAGCCCAUGUGGUUCAGCACCCUGGGUGCCUAUGGCAAGUCUACAAGUGGGACAGCAUUUCAGAGCACCUGCCUUGCAUGCAGAAGGUCCCAGGUUCAAUCCCUCCAAUUUUCAGGAAAGGGCUGAGAAUGUCCCUCGCCUGAAACCCCCAAGAGCCACUUCCAGUCAGGUCAACUAUACAGAGUUAGAUGGAGGAGUGGUAUCACUCCUAAAUCUGAAAAUGUGACUAUUCCUCCUGAAUUGUACCCACAGCGAGCAACUGCUAUUAUGGAGUUGGAGAAAAGCUGGGUUUGGCAUUGGCAGAAACCCAAGCGAUCUGGUUGCCAGCUGUCUAUCGGCUCCAAAGACGAGAAAGAUAAGAGAUAUUUUUUCCGGUGAGUUUGACCGUGCCCUGCACUGUUGCAGGUCCACAGAGCAACAAGGGCUGCACAGAUAAGCAAAUAUAUAUUGACUGUGUCUUUCCCCCAAGUGAGCGACGGGAUUCAGGUGGUUCACCAUUUAUUUGUAUGUUUUGCAGAGUAGAAGAGCUAGAUUGGGCUAACUGGAAGAAAGAGGUGGGAGCUCUCAAGGAGGAGCCUGCAGACUCAGACCACAACGAGACAGUGUCAAAAGGCAAGUGAAGAGCAACACCCUACUCCAGAUGUGGGGAACCUGUGACCCUCCCAUCACCCCCAUCCAGUACGUCCAGUGUUGGGGGAUGAUGGGAGUUGUAGUCCAACAACAUCUGGAGGGCUACAGGUUCACCAAACCUGUCCUAAACAAGUCUAGGGGAACCUGCAGCUUUCCAGAUGUGCAGUUACAACCCUCAGCAGGCAGCAUGGCCCAAUGCUGAGGGAUGAUGGGAGUUGAAAUCCAGCCACAACUGGAGGAAACCACAGGCAAUCCACUCCUCUGUUACUCAAAAGCCUUGCUUACCUUCUUGCCUUCACAGUCAUUAAUACACUAUCAGGCAAGGCUAUGUGGCAACUGAGACCUUUGGACAGCACCACAGUCUGCUUGUGGCUCUCUUUUUUUGGGCUGGCCAGCAGGUGAUGUUGCUUUAUCAGAAUCAGGAAACCAGUCGCAGGAGAAAGUCUCAUGCCUGCCCAUCUCUGCAGCUGAGUGACUUCUCCUGGCUAAAGAGUAUUUUUAUUUUAUUUAUUUUUAAAGAUAAUAUUCAUGAUGUCACAACUGCUCUCUCUAUACAGUGGUACCUCGGGUUAAGAACUUAAUUCGUUCUGGAGGUCCGUUCUUAACCUGAAACUAUUCUUAACCUCAGGUACCACUUUAGCUAAUGGGGCCUCCCGCUGCGCCACUGUCGCGCGAUAUCUGUUCUCAUCCUGAAGCAAAGUUCUUAACACAAGGUACUAUUUCUGGGUUAGCAGAGUCUGUAACCUGAAGCGUCUGUAACCUGAGGUACCACUGUACUUCCUAGAUUUUCAGAAGCACUACAGGUUUUCAGGAAAGAGUCUUUCUCAGUUCUUUAUGGAGGAGCCAGGAUUGUUUUUUAAAAAAACAUUUUUUAAAAUGUUGGAGAUGCAGAUUAAACAAAGCAGUUUACAUACAUAUCUUCUUGGAUUGUUCUCAAAUAGAAAUGUUCUGAAAAUCUGUUCAGGCUAAUAUCUCUGAUAUGUUAGGAUACCAUAUACCCUUGGGUCCUAAAAUAUCUCUGCUUGGUUAUCUAAAAGACGUUAUUUCGGAAAAUGAUCAUGAAAUAGUGUUCAACCUUAUAACUGCUGCUAAGAUUAGAAUAGCUAGAGGGUGGGGCAUAUAUCCCACUAUAUCUGAAUGUUAUGAAAAUUUAGUCCAUGGUAACUAUGAUUAAGCUAACUUAUUAUAUAAACCAGCCUAACUUUGUUUGGGGGGGGGGGGGAAAUAAAUUUUUUGAAUUGUUUUGGAACAAGAAGUUCAGUGAUUAUAUCCAACCUCAUGCUGCUUUCAACCUGCUGUAAUAGUAUUUCUUUAUGCUCUUUAUCUUUGGAUCAUUUUGUUUAAUUAAAAAAAUAAACAUUUUUAUUAUAAGAAGAGGAAGAAUGCCAUACAAUAAGGAAGGGGGAAUGGAUUUGGGGGGAGCUUUAUAUCAUUCCAGACAAAAAUAUGCAUAGAGUUUUGCACCACAAGCAUCAGUGGACAGGAGGUGACAGGCAGAAAGAUAUCAGGAGAUACCAGGGACCUUCUGAAUACAAAGGCCCAGCUAUGGCCCCUCCUAACUUAUUUGCCUGGGCACAACCGCUGACCUCCUUGAAGACUUGCCUGUUCUUGCUUCACAGCCUUGAUAGAUGCUUCCCCAUUCUGUCCCAUUCCAGGGAAGCGCCUGCUGAACCGAGUGUCUCAGGGGGUGAGGGCACGAUUCACGACGCCGGAGGUGGCGGAGGAACAGAUGCCGCUGCAAGACGGAAGCCACUGA